CAACUUUCGGAGUUCUAACAAGAAACCGUAUUCCACAGACGCAUACAGGUAUUUUUGGCUGGUUGGCUGAUCCCGCUGGAGAAGAUUUACUGAAAUAGCGACUCGCUGACGACACCAGUGGCCAAACGGAGGAGAAGUUUACGGAGGACACCAGAAAUAACAGAGAAUGUCCGUGAUCAGCGCCUUGCCUUUCUUGAAGCCCAUUCACCAGAGGCCUCUGCGGAGCUCGCCUGGACGCCAACGCCGCCACACGCUUCCCGCCAGCGAGUUCCGGUGCCUCACUCCUGAGGAUGCAAUCAGCGUAUUUGAGAUUGAGAGAGAAGCAUUUAUCUCCGUUUCGGGUGACUGCCCCCUUCACCUGGAUGAGAUCCGCCACUUUCUGAACUUGUGCCCUGAGCUGUCGCUUGGCUGGUUUGAAGAAGGCCAGCUGGUGGCUUUCAUUAUAGGUUCCCUUUGGGACCAGGAAAAACUCAGCCAGGAUGCACUGACUCUGCACAAGCCUGGUGGCACCACCGUGCACAUCCACGCGCUGGCCGUGCACCGCACCUUCCGCCAGCAGGGCAAGGGCUCCAUCCUGAUGUGGCGCUACCUGCAGUACCUCCGCUGCCUGCCCUACGUGCGGCGGGCCAUGCUGAUGUGCGAGGACUUCCUCAUUCCCUUCUACCAGAAGUGCGGCUUCAAGGUGCAGGGCCCCUGCGAGGUCACCGUGGGCUCGCUGGCGUUCGUUGAGAUGCAGUACCCUGUGCGCGGCCACGCCUUCAUGCGCAGAAACAGCGGCUGCUGAGAGGGCGCCUUCCCCCAGCUUCGACGCUUCUCAGGCAAUGUUAGGGGCAGGCAACCACGUACAGGGAGACAGAGCUGCGCAGCAGCAGCUGCUCUCCUUACAAGCAGCAUUCAUGCUCCCUGCUGACUUUUGUGCCUGCCUGGUAUUCCAGCUGGCUGCCUUUUAACUGGUAGCUCCAGGCCCAGUCCACUUGCCUCUUAACUGGUCCUAGCACUGACCCAGCCAUUGAGCUUACAGACAUGGAGCGAAAGGCAGCAGAACCACAAGUACCCUUGCCUCUUCUCUGGUCCACAGCUCAACAGGCAGGCUCCAUAAGGCUACAGCUGUUGAGUUUGACUUCCCCAGGACAGGGGUAGGUCAAUUCUGGCUAGCCCAAGGCCUCCCCUUUAGCUCCUGGCUUUAAAAGCAGCAGUGGGAGUAAUAAAGCUCUGAGAGCAUGUUAUGCAAUUAUAGAGGGUCAAAAAACCAAACAUUGCUUGAGAAGCAGCACUGCAUGGAUCGGUCCAUCGAUUCUCUGUUUUCGUUCUCUUUGUCAAGUGCUCCAAGACCAAUAACAUGAGGCAGGUAUGUGGCAGACACCUCUCUGCCGGGAAAAGCCGUCCGCGCCUUCUCAUGCUAGCUGCUCGCCGCCAUGUUCUGCUGUGAUGUAUUAAAUGGAAUCCGUGCUCACGUGUUCUGUACAUAUGUGAGAUACAUUCAACUACACUAGGCUCCAGCAAGUCUCCCCCUUCCUCCCUUGCCCUCCUGCUGUUAUAGGUUGACAACCAACAGCUGUGUGAAAUCCCAUAAUAAUGUAGGCUCUGUGAUGACUACCCCUGCUCUGACGCACUAGGGCACCAACUUUCAACUCAAUGUAGGAGACACUGUCCCCAAACCACAGCACGCUCAAGGCCUACGGGAGAGCAAAAUAGAACAUGGGACUGAAUGCGCUCUAAGGAGCCCAGCAAGGAGGCUACACCACUGGAUAGACAUUUCCACCAACUCUCACCCUCAAAUGGUUAUUA